CCCCCACACCCACACCACCACCAUGGGCCUCGGAAUAUUCCAACGUCGCCGCAAGUUCGCCUCGGUCUCGGCCGCCCCACCAACAGAACAGACGGCCAACACCAAUACAAUGGCCCUCCGUGUCCUCGUCGACUCUGGACCAGCCCAGCGCGAGCUGUUUGCUAUCCGCGUGUCUGCCGACGAGCCCGUCGAGGCCAUCCGCUCCGCCAUUGCGCAGCACACUGGCAUUUCGUCCAUGUCCUUGUUCAAGGUCUCCAUUCCCUGGCAGGCAUACUACGAAGCCGGCGCCUACUCGGAACGCUAUGGCGCACCCGCGUCCCUGCUCUCCGUCUUUGCAGGAUUCAACAUUGACGACGCGAGUCAGCUAACUGCGGCAAACGGCGGCGUCCGUGGUCGGCGCCGUUCUGUCCGCUGCGGCAAGCCCUGUCCUUCGGUUCGCGACUGGUUCCCGGACGGAAGUGACGGCGAGCACAUUGACGUGCUUGCUCGCUCUGCCUCCUCUUCUUCUCUCGACUGGGCAAAGGCAGCACCUGCCACUCCCCUCACCUUUUGCGUUCGCUUCGCCUCCAUCGACGGCACUUACUCCAUGCCCUCUGGCCUCACCCUCGUCGACAUUACCGCAGACGCAACGGUCGCAGAGCUCAAGGUCGCUAUCCUUCUUGCUGCUGGACGGCCAGCCCCCGCUGGCCUCCUCGACGCUCUCGUUCUUUGGCGUGUUGACAUGUCCGAGGCUGAGCUCGAGGACCUCGACGCCCGCGGAGCCCUCGCUCGCGGCCGCCAGCCCCAGCCCAAGGCUGGUUUCGCUCCCCCUGCGCUCCUCGCCGACGAGGACGAGCCGGUCUCGACCUACUUUUCCAACUACCACUCUGACGUGCGCUCCAUUGCUCUCUCGGCCUGGGUCCACCCCGCUGCCGCCCACGAGCUCGCCCCUCGCCCUGCCGAUGCACCCCGCUUCGCAUGUGCCGUUCCCGAGCCUACCCAGCCUCACUUUGAGCAGGCCGAACGCCUCCUCGGGCCUCUCCCCAUCCCGGCCCCGCUCCCUGUCCCUACGCCCCUGGCCGCCGUCGUUACCAUCGAUGCUGAUCGCAUCGCCGACGCCGAUGACGAUGUGGCGCCUGCCUUUUGUGAUCCCUUCGCCGCCCCGCGCCCGGCCCCGUCCACGUGCUGCAUCAGCCACGCCGACCUGGACCUCACCACUGGCUUUGGCGCCCUUGGCGGCGCUGGUGGCUUGAUUGGUCUCGGUAUCAGCUUUGCGCCCAUGUCGUGCACGUCACCCUCCGACUCGUCACACUCGAGUCUCGAGGAGGAGGUCCCCUCGUGGCCGCCCACCCCCGACUGCUCGGGCUCGGACGGCUGGCUUCCGCCCGCGUCCGAGUUUGUCGCUGUCCGCAAGCAGGACUGGGAGGUCGACGUCGAUGCCCGCACCGAAAUCCCGGCCAUGCCCACACCAAAAAUCGCACCAGAGUCAUCAUCGUUUUUCAUCCCCCUUCAGAUCACCACCACCACCACCACUUUGUAGACUACCAACCAGGAUUGGAGUAUAAUCUUCGUGUACCGAUAGCCAGUAGCAGCAGCAGUAGCAGCAGCAGCAUGUAUGUAUCCAUUUAGAUCCA